AUGCAGUUACUACCCUUUAUAUUCCUUAUUGGGCUAUUAAAUGUCCUAAAAAUCGGUGAAUCAUUUACUGCUACAGAUGUUCCAAGCAUAGAGACAAUUAAAGUGGCUGGAAACAAGUUUUUCUUAUCUGAAUCAGGUAACCAGUUUUUCAUUAAAGGAAUAUCAUAUCAGAAAACAAGACAAGAAGGAGAAUUAUAUGACAAUUCAAAAGAGCCUCACUACAUAGAUCCUUUGGCUAAUCCUAUUACAUGUUUAAGAGAUUUAGAAUAUUUAAAAGAAUUAGGAGUCAAUGUUGUUCGAGUGUAUCAAAUCCUCCCAACCGCCAAUCAUGAUGUUUGCAUGAAUGCGUUUGCUGACGCUGGUAUUUACGUAUUGGCCGAUCUUUCCGAGCCUUAUUUGUCCAUUAGAAGAGAUUUUCCUCAUUGGGAUACCGAGUUGUUUGCAAGGUAUAAGGAGGUUAUUGAUGCCAUGCAUCAAUAUGACAACAUUUUAGGUUUUUUUGCUGGGAAUGAAGUUACAAAUUCAUAUAUCAACACUGAUGCUUCUCCAUAUGUUAGAGCAGCUAUAAGAGAUAGUAAGAGGUACAUUGAUGAACAAAAUUAUAGACAGAUUCCAGUAGGGUAUGCUUCAAAUGAUGAUGCGUCAAUUAGAGAACAUCUUGCCAAUUAUUUUGUUUGUGAUUUUGAUGGGCUGGGUGAUGGGAGAGCUGAUUUCUUUGCAAUUAAUGUGUAUGAAUGGUGUGGAUACUCAACAUUUUCAACUUCGGGAUAUAGAGAUUUGACAAGUUCGUUUAGUGAUUAUCCUGUUCCGGCAUUUUUCAGUGAGUAUGGCUGUAAUACUGUUUCUCCACGUCCAUUCACUGAGGUUGAUGCUUUGUAUGGGGUAAGCAUGAGCAAGAUUUGGUCUGGUGGGAUUGUGUAUGAAUAUUUUGAAGAAGUUAACCAUUAUGGUAUUGUUAUUGAAAAGAAAGAUGGCCAAAUUGUCAAAUUGCCAGAUUUUGAUACCUUGAAAUCGAAAUUUAACUCGGUAUCACCGGUUGGAAUUAACAUCAAAGAAGCCACCCCAUCUCCCAGAGUAACGUGUUCUCGUCCAGAUGAGCUUUGGAACGUUGCUCAUACCUUACCUCAAACGCCCGACACUGGUAAAUGUGAAUGCUUAAGAGAAUCACUUUCAUGUAUUAUUCCAGAGAAUAGAAGUUUUGAGGAAGAACAAGUUUUGAAAUCGUUAUGUGAAGAUGUUGAUUGUGAACCAGUUAAUGGUAAUGGAAAAGCAGGAAAAUUUGGUCAAUUUUCCGAUUGUGAUUCCAGAACACGAGCUUCUUAUGUUUUGAACAAAUUUUAUGAACAAACAGGAAGAAAAGAAGAAACUUGUUCAUUUCAAGGUAAAGGUAUAUUAGUUAAUCCUAUUGGGUUUGUUGAUUUGGACACAAAAUUCUCCUCCGAUGGAAGAAAUUGUUUAAGUCUACUUCAUUCAAAUUCAGAAGAGCCUGAACAUAAUUUUGACAAGUCUCCACCUACUAAAGUGACACCACAAAGUAACGAAAAUUCUACAGCUAGUAACAUGGACUCAUCAGCACCCCAGAACGAAGGGGUGGCUGGAAUUUUAUUUCUUCUGUUUAUGUUGGCUAUUUCGCCUCUCUUCUUUUAAAUCUCCAUUUACAACUUUUUGCUAAUAUAUAUAUAUUUGUUUUGAAUAAAUAUUUAAUAAUACUUUUUAUACAUUUCGUUAACGUUUCUCCUCGUCGUCCUUCUUUGGGCCCCAUUUAAGACCCAAAAAUCCGGAGUUGCUAUUCAACUUUGGUAAAUAGUUCUUGGCUUGGAAUUUAGGUUCAAUUAUGUAUAAUCUUUUUGACCCCGGAACAUCUAAUGCAAUGUAUGCAAAUUCAGUACUCCAAUAAGAAUUAUCAAUUUGUUCCAAAGUGACAAUCCCGUACUUUCCUUUGUCGGAUUCAACUUGGAAUUGCAUAACUAAAUGGUCUUUGCCAUCUUUUCCGGUCUUUUUGAUACCAUGAACUGGUCUAUUACGAACCCAUCUGUCUGAGGAAACCAUACCAUGAGCUUUUAAUCUUUGGCCCUUGGGGAAAUCCAACAACUUUUGUGCUGCUUCGUUUUGUUCAACUAAUUUCACGGCUUUAUUAAAUGUCCUGGUAUCACCUGAAGGUAAUAAUAACUCCGACAAUAUCAAAUAUACAACCAAUAAGGCUACCCCGGCAGCACCAAGAACAAGUAAUGAUGAUAUUGAGAAUGUGAAUGCCCUUGUGAUCUUAUUAAGUAACUUCUUCCCUUUUUCAUUUUUGUCAUGGGAUGGUGGAGGUGGAGGAGGUGCUGUCUUUGUUGAAUAGGAUAACUUGGUAAACCUAAGUGUAUUGUAAUUGUUAAGUUUACGUAAGUUUGUAGUUAUAAAAGGGAGCUUUGAAUGGGUUAUAGUUUGAGGACGGGUGUAAUAAGUUCUCAUUAAACCAAUUGGAAUUAGUGGCGCAUUUAUCUUUAUGCAUCGUGCACCAAGGGAUCUUAACCCUAUAUUGGACUGAUAGCUCAAUGAAAGCAUGGCUAAGGAUUGAGACAAGUGAUUUU